CUGAUCAGCUGUACCAAGACCAUCUUACGUCAUAUACUGGAGUUAUUCCACAUCUCUCUGGCUGCUGUUUGAAGCUCAGUGACUUGAUUCCCACUUGUACAAUGACUUCCAAGGAGGUCUCAGGCUAGCAGAAUUGAGACUCAUUACGUGUUUUGAGGUCAUAGUGUAGCAUUUUAUAAUUGGAUGCAUCCUUUUAAAAUACUGCUUGGUGUAGCCUAGAAGACAGGGCUGUUCAGGAGACCUUAGUGCUCCUUUAAAUGAGGAAGAGCUCUGCUUUGCUGUUGGAGCAGUAUAUGCUGAGUACUGUAGAGAGAACUCAGCCAGAUUACAAGCAACGGUUAUUCCAGCUGUUUGCAAGUUACACCAUAGUUAUUGCUGCUGUUCCUCCAGGUCCAGCUGAAUUUGUUGUUAAUGCAGUAACACUUGCAGCUGCUUGGUACUGAGAUGAAGAACUAGAAGAAACCAGACUUUAGGAGUUCAUUUUUUUCAGUGUACAGUCUAGCUGACUCAUAUGUACCUACAGCUCCCUCUGGCUAUAGGCCUGAUUGUAGUAUCCAGGUCAAAGUGUUACACAGAUUUGGAGAGGGAGUUUAUGUACCUACAGCUCCCUCUGGCUGUCUUCUUUUAAUAUUCAGGUUGCAGUGUUUCACUCCCUUUCCAAGUAAUAUGUCUUUGGGGAAAGUUAGGAAAAGGCUAGAAUAGGGUGAUAGUUGUAAAUUCCUUACCAAAGCACUUCAGGUGGGAGUGCUGUCACAUGUAAGGAAUGGUAAGGAAAGGAUGCCUUCCACGACAAUAAGUAAAAUAGGAGAACUAGUGACAAUUGAUGCAGAGAAGUUGAAGUUGCCAAUUUAUUUUUUUUUGUCUCAGUUUUUACUCACAUUCAUUCUUCUCUAAUCUCUCAAGUCCCUCAACCCCAAGCCAGAGUCUUGGGGAACAAAAUUGUGGCAGUCUGGAAAAGUUCCCAGUGACUUGGAAAAAUAGCACACCGCUUUCUAAUAAAAGAUAAUAAGGACAGUGCUGGAACCAGUCAUCCUCACCUCAGUGCCUGAAUGAUGAAUGAGAAACUUUACUACAAUUUUACUGCCUUGGAUAACCUUAUGGAUCGUCUGUGGGAAAAUAAGCUUACUCCAGGAUUUGAAUUGAUGGGCAAUCCAUCAGGAUAUUUUCUAAAUUUUGAAGAUAAAGAGCAAGUAGUAAGAUGGAGAAACUUAGUUACACUUCUGGCCAGCAGAUAUAUAGAUAGAUACGGAUUGGAGCAUGUUGCUAAAUGGAAUUUUGAAACUUGGAAUGAACCAGAUCACCAUGACUUCGACAAUGUGUCUAUGACAGUGAAAGGGUUUCUCAACUAUUAUGAUGCCUGCUCAGAAGGAUUAAGAGCAGCUAGUAGUCUACUAAAAUUUGGAGGACCUGGGGACUCCUUCCACCCCUUUCCCAAGUCACCCAUAUGCUGGAGUCUUCUGUGUCAUUGCUACAAUGGAACCAACUUUUUCACAGGAGAGACUGGUGUAAGGUUGGACUACAUCUCUCUUCAUAAGAAGGGAGGUGGGCGUUCUCUCUACAUCUUGCAACAGGAAGUGGAAGCGGUUGAACAAAUACAGAAGUUAUUUCCAAAUUUUGCUUCCAUUCCCAUAUACAACGAUGAAGCAGAUCCAAUGGUUGGAUGGUCUAUUCCACAACUGUGGCGAGCUGAUGUGACAUAUGCAGCUAUGGUUGUAAAGGUAAUCAUCCAACAUCAAAACUUACUGAUUUCCAAAGCCAACAACACCAUUAACUAUACACUGUUGAGUAAUGACAAUGCCUUCAUGAGCUACUACCCCCAUUACUUCACACAGCGGACUCUGACAGCACGUUUUCAGAUGAACAAUACAAAGCCACCUCACGUCCAGAUGGUGCGGAAACCAGUGCUGACUGUCAUGGGCUUGCUGGCACUGCUAGGAGAAAAGCAGAUUUUUGCGGAAGUAAACAGCGGUGAAGGUGAAAGCACUGAAAACAGCACCUUUGGUGUCCUGGCAUCUGUGCACACCCCAAGUGAGCUUCAGCCCUCAGACAGUUGGCAAGCUACUCUGCUGAUGUAUUCAAGUGAGGAUAACAGGACUUCAUCCAAUGUCAGCACCAUCACAGUGAACGCCACCCACUUCCCCAAACUUAGAGAGCCAGUGUAUGUGAUGUAUUACCUGGACAACAACCAAACCAAUCCCUAUCUGAAGUGGAAAAAAGUAGGAAGCCCUGACUUUCCUUCCCCAGAACAGUUCCAGCAAAUAAGGGACGCUGAGGACCCAGUGGUAACAGGUCCCUUGCCUUUUCCUGAAAGUGGCACCUUGACACUGAAGCAAGACUUCCCUAUUCCAUCAGUCUUUUUGAUCCACAUCUGUUCAAGACCCAGUUCGGUUCCUGAUCAAGUGACCGGUGUUCGUUUCAUCCCUCUCACAAAGGGACAGGUUAUUGUGCUGUGGGACGAUGGCUGUGUAAAUUCAAAGUGUAUAAAGACAUUUGAAGUUGAGUUCUCACCAAAUGGAAAAGUCUACAACCGUAUUAAUGCCAAAGACACAAUAUUCACUCUGUAUGUCUACAGUCCAGGAAGCUCAGUCUCCGGCUUUUACAGGGUGCAUGCCAUUGACUACUGGGGAAAGGCAGGCCUGUCCUCUGUUCCUGUGGAGUAUGUUGAAGCUCUCAAGUGACUCUGAAGAGUGGUGCCUGGUUUGUUGACGGAGUGAUGUAUUCUUCCUGCAGAUGACAACUCCCCAGAAAAGUAAACUCCUCCCAAUCUACGGGGGGAGUAUAGAAAGGACCUGAUGAAGCAAGUUAGGAAUGCAAGUCUGAAGCAACUGCCUCUAUUAACUCUUCAGAGAUCAAAGACAGUGUUAUCAAAAAACCACUGCUGACAACAGUUAUAGGACUGGCAUUCAGUUUGGUAACUAGAAAUUAUUGUUUGCUAUUUUACACCAAUCUGAUAUGCAGAACAGACAAAUAUUCAUGAAGGUCACAAACUGCAGCAGGAGCAAUGCCAUCACUUUACUAUAUGGGCGAGGAUGGCAGUAAAGGCACAAGAGGACCUGUCUGAGAGUGAGCUGCCUGCUUCAGCUGCCUGACUGUAUCUUGACAUAAAGAGUGAUAGAAGAGCAGAUGGCAACCAGACUUGCACAUACAGAUCAUGAAGUGGAAGGUCCUGUCUUUCCCAUCAGUUAAACAUACAUGCUCCUGAGGGUUGUUUCAGAGCACUUCCACUCUUCUUAGGUGCAUGAGGUUCUUCUCCCUCUCACAAAGGGAGUUCCUGCCUGUAGACUGCAUUGCACCUGCUGCUCGCUGCCUUUGAGUCACCUCCUUGCCUUUGUGGAGGUCUUUGUGUUUGUACAGAGCCAUGAGUUACUGCCUCUUUAGGGUGAAGAUUCUAGCUCCAAAAGUGUCUCUUCCUCUCCAUUCCACUCUUACCUAAUCUCGCUUUAUACAGCCCUUCAGGUAACAUCUCUCCCCAGCAUGCUUCCCUUCUGGAGUUUCAUGCUUAGAUUGUAAAGGAGGCUUGGCUUUGGAUUCCUAGGAAAGUUAAAAGGCUGGUUAAAGCCUUUUGUGUUAUAGCAUAACGCACAGUUGCAUUUAACAGAGGGCUACAGCUGACAACCAGCUAGGAAACUAAUCAAGAGCAGUUUGAGUCUCCAUAUUUCAGAAACCACAUGCUCAAGUGUGUUAUUGCUCCAGAUAAUGAGCUACGGAACACCUCUGGCUGUCCUUGCAAAUGCCAAACACUUUAUGCAACAACAAAGUUCCUUGAAAUUGCAGGGGUGUUUUUUUUACUCACCCCUCUUCACAGCAGCACAGUUUGAGCAGUGCCUUUAAAAUGCUUGUAGAGGGAAAGAUAUUGCCAGUGAAAACAGCUGGAAUGUUUUCCAUUAGAGGAGCAACUUUGUCACACAAACAUCUCCCCUGCUGCUCUCUUUGCUGACAUCAGACACCUCACCAGCCUCACAACGAAGCUUGCAUUUUUGAUGAAACACAGGCAAAAAAAAAAAAAAGUUUGCACAGUAGGAGAUAGCUGAACUGUCUAAAACGGCUGCAUAUUUACAACAUGGGAAAGAAACAUACAGAAUGUCAGUAUUCAAUGACACUUUCUAGUUAUUUGUUCAAGUGCUUAUACUAAAAGGUAGCCUUAAAAAAUUUGACCUCAGAAUUCAGGUGAAAUAUUUCUUACCUCACUGAAGUUUGACUGAGGAGUGAUUGUUGCAUCCAAAUCUGCCAAUUCCUUACUUGUAAAGACUUGUACACAACAAGAAAAAAAACAUCAGAGUCUUCUUAGUUGGUAAUUAUACCAGUUUCAGAAAAGCAUCAGUGAGAAGUCCUAUCAGAAUGGGGAUAGUAAAAAUACAUUUUAACGUUGUUACAACUACAUCCAAGUGAAGAAUCCAAAAAUGAAGAUAAGUAGAUCCACUAGAUAAGAUAUAGAGUUUGCCAGUAUGAGGUGGAACCACUGAGACACAUUUAAGACACAUUUAAGUAUGAAUAGUGCAUCUAAAAUGGGAAUAAUAUAAAAGCAUGAGAGGACAGUUAGGAUGCCAUAUUUAUGUAGUCUUACUAUGAUUUCCCUGUGUGGGCAGCUACUGCAUGUAGUAGUAGUUUUCAAUUCAAGGACUAUACAAUAGUUAUAAAAAUAACAUUUGCAAAA